AUGCAGACCGUCGAGGUGUGCAGAGGCUGGGCGGCCGAGGGGUGUGCCCAGGGAGUCGGCAGGGACUCCCAGCGGUGGAUCGAGGGCUGGUUCUUGGGCUGCCCCUUCGCGCUCCUGCGCAGGGGCAACCUGCUGGAGUUCGCCGCGUGGGCCUGGUUCUGCAAGGAGGUCGCGGAGCUGGACGCGGGCGAGAGCAAGCUGGCCGAGGGCAUGGUGCAGGAGAUGGAGCAGCGGUUCGGCUGGCGCCUGCCGGAGGGCUACGGCGAGGGCAUAAGGCCCAUCCGGAUCAACUUCGACGCGGUGCACGCGUGGUGCCACCCUCUGGCCUACUACGCGAGCAUCCGCGCCCUGCAGGCCGUCACCCGGCAGUCGAUGCGGCUCAUGGGCUUCACCUACACCAAGGGCCACGGGGUGUCCUUCUUCCACUACGCGCCCCCUGGGCCGCUGCCCGGGCUGCUCCUGCAGCGCGGCGAGGCUCGGCCGCCCGAGCCGCCGGUCGUCUUCAUCCACGGCCUCGGGGUGGGCCUCCUGCCCUACCUGCCCUUCAUCAGGAGGCUCACGGGGCUGCGGGAGUGCUUCGUCGUGGAGGUGCCCGAGGUGUCGCAGGCGGGGGCGGAAGUCACGCUCACGCCAGGCGGCGCGCCAGUGGCGCUGGCUGCCAUGCUGCGGUCCCGCGGGCACGGCAGGGCCUGCUUCGUGGCCCACUCGUACGGCACGUGCAUCGCCAGCUGGGUGUGGCGCGCGCGCCCCGACCUGGUGAGCAAGCUCGUGCUCAUGGACCCCGUCUGCUUCCUCCUGUGCCAGCCCGACGUGGCCUUCAACUUCCUGUACCGGAGGCCCCCCAAUGCCAUGAUGUUGGCGGCCGCGCAUUUCGUGCGCUGGGAGCUCUUCGCGGCGAACGUGCUGAUGCGGCACUUCUACUGGUACCACAACGUGAUGUGGCGGGAUGAGCUCCCGAGCGAUUGCGUGGUGGCCCUGUCGAGCAAGGACGACAUCACCAACCCCCCAGCCGUCAGGCGCUACCUCGAGGAGCGCCAGCAGCAGGCUGGCGGGUCGGGGCUGAAGCUGCUGUGGAUGGAUGGCUUCUUCCACGGCGCCAUACUGGUGUCGAAGCUGGCUCAGCUCCAGAUCCUCCAGCUGAUGUGA